AUGUGCACGAAAGGAGUAAAGAUCAUUAAUUUCGUAUUAGUGAUAUGCAAACACAUACCUACACGUGAUUAUAAGUCUUGCUCACGACAUAAUUCAAUGAAUUAUCAAGAACCAAGUUUAAAUAAUCAUCUGAAAAUCCCUGAGGCCUUGGGUGAAUGUUUCUUAUCUUUUUAUUCUGAGACCAAAAUUAUGAACUUACAAAUGGAGGUUUCAGCUCAAGGACUUUUUCUAGAGGGAGCAGAUGAAAAUUUUAUGCUGAGAUAA